UGCUGAGGAUCAGCUGCUGCUGUCUGUAGCCUCUCUCCAAGGCUUUUUAUAGGACUAGUGGGGGAUGGGGCGUGAAAGGAGGCCAGCGACAUACGAUGCCUCGCUCCAGGGCUCUGGCUAAUUAAUCCAUGCAGGAGAGGGGAUCCUGGGAUUACUGUCAUUUCUGCAGGUGACGGGGAGCGAUAUAGAUGCUGUGUAAUAACCAUCCCGUCCUCCGGAUGCUGCCGUAAUCUCCGGCUCGCUGGACGCUCAGGAUCCUGACAUCUGCAAUAUUGUAUUUUCGCACGAUCUGGCCUGGAAUCACCAGCAGAGAAAACACGUAAGAAUCCGCACAGGGCGCUACAAUCCCAAGAGUCGCAUCCGUAUUCACGAGCAGCUGCCGACACCCUGCAUCCUGAUACGUUUCAAUGACAGCCGUAACACCUCCGUCUACAUCCAAGACCAUGGUCUGUUCCCUCCAUCCUGACGCCCCGUGUCAUCGUAUCACUGGGGAAAACAAAAAAUAAAAAAAUACGUCAUUUUUCUUUUUUACGUUUCCGGAAAUUCGCAUUCCUUUUUCUACAUAUUGUGGAGAAAAAGUAGGGUUUUGUUUUUGGAAAAAUUAAUCAUUCGCAAAAACUCUUGGAAAUGUGAGAAAAUUCACUUUGAAAUUUUUGUUUUUAAUUUAAUUUAGUUUUAAUUUUUAUUUUAUUUCAAAUUUUUUAGAUGAUUUUUUUAAACCUUGCUAAUGAUAUACGGAAAGACUCUUGAUAGAGAAAAUUUAAAAUAAAUUAGAUUUUUUUUUUGGAUGACAUAAGAAUUUUCUUGGCGGUAGUCAGAGGCAACGGCGUUUUGAGAUGGAGCGACAGAGAGCUGAGAUGCUGAUAAAGAUCGCACGGGUUCGCCUCCAGUGCGAGAGAACGGGGGACGCUCUAAAUUACCUAUAUCAAGCCCAAAGCCUGUACCCUACGCGCACGGCGGCCGGCCUCAUACAGGCCAUACGAGGAGGUUAUUUCGAAGCCGAUGGAGGUCAUGGUGGACCAACACAUGGUCACUAUGAGCAACGUGACUUCUGGGCCCAUCAGAACCACUGUGCGGGUUGUGGGAACUGUGGUAGGCCGGCAUGGCAAGUGGAAGAGGAGGAGGAGGAUGAUGAAGAUGAAGAGGAGGAUGAUGAGGAGGAUGAAGAGGAAGAAGAGGAAAGGGUAAUACAAGGCUUUGACGACCAGGAGGAUUUUUACCGAGUUCUUGGAGUCAGGAGGGACGCCAAUACUGAAGUGAUCCGAAAGUCGUAUCGGAAACUGGCGCUGAGAUAUCACCCAGACAAGAACAGCUCCGCAGGAGCUACAGAGGCCUUCAAGGUUAUUGGGAAAGCAUUUGCAGUUCUCAGUGAUCCGACAAAGAGAAAAGCUUAUGACGACUCCCAAGGCCAAGCUCAAGCUCCUUCUGACCAGGACCUGACAACAGAUGAGAUCUUCGAUCUAUUUUUCAGGGGUCACUUUCCUGCCCGCGCUGCUUAUGCCUUCAGCGGUCGUCCAAGAGAGACACCAAGAUCAACCAGAAGAGAUGAACCAGAUGGGACAUGGCAGAGGUGGUCAUCACAGGAUGAUAUGCAAGACAGGCCAAGGUGGCAGCAGAGGGAAAGUAUGCGACAAAACAAUGGCCAAGACCGGAGACCGAGAGAGGAGACCUCCCAGGAAAGGAGACAAUGGCAACAGCAGAAACAAGAGGGUGGUCAAUCAAAGGGGCAGAAAGAAGUCAAACGAGAGCCAGGAAGACCCAAGACCCAGCAGGAACGGAAACAAGACGUUGGACAGACAAAUUCAAAGUGGUGGGAGAAGAGGGGUCAAGAACCCAAGAAGUCAAGAUGGCGUGAAGAAAUGGAAAAACAUAAUAUAAAACGUCCAAGAAGACAGGAAGAGGAAGAAGAAGCUGGUACUCCUAAAUCAGCUUAUUCUGCCUUCAUCCAGGUCCUACCAGUCCUGAUCCUGGUGGUGGUAUCAGUGGUGGCACAAAUGACAGCCAGCACUCCAUCUUACAGUCUCCAUCCCAAAUCUUCUUAUGGUCUAACAAUUCCCAGGGAAACCAGCAGUCGAGGGGUUCCGUAUUUUGUUGGCCAGAAUUUUCAGAACCGUUAUCGAGGCCAGGCACUGGUAGAGCUCGAGAGGGCAGUGGAGAAGGAAUAUGCCGAACAAGUCCAAGCUGGUUGUUGGAAAGAGAAACAGCAGAGGUCUGACUUGGCCAACUUAGCCCGGCUUUAUGGAGACCAGAGAUUAAGGGAAAAGGCCGACAGCUUCAAGAUGGAGAACUGUAGGAAGCUGUCAGACCUUAUAGGCAUACGGAGGGGAGGCUGAUGUGUGGUCCUCAAAAGACUUUUCUUUGGGAGGGGGAAGGAGGAGCCAUUAAGAUCAUGUUUGUGCUAGUUAAUAAUACAGCUGAUAGAAAACUUGCACACAUUGGAGCCUAGAACCUUAGGCUCAAGCUGCAUGGUCACUUCCGUCAUAAAAAGAUUAAUGUGGUGGUGACACGAGGUCAUGAGUACAAUAUUGAACAAAAUUGUCGGACAGACCUCAAAACCAUCAAAAAUUUGCCCAGGCCAAAUCACAAGUAACUUCCAUUGUAUGACCUCAGCCUUGCAAUAUUCCACAGACCACUGUGUAGUCUGGGCCUUCUAUUCAUUAUAGACUGAAUUCUCUUGGACACUUCUUGAGCCAUUUUUAGAGAAUUAGGCCUCAUGCACACGACCGGUGUGUUUUGCGGUCCGCAAAUUACAGAUCCUCAAA